AUGGAUCAAGACUACGACGUCGUGGUCUGUGGUACUGGCUUUCAAGAAUGUAUUUUGUCUGGUUUGCUUUCGGUAAAUGGUUCGAAGGUGCUGCAUGUUGAUCGAAACAACUAUUAUGGAGGUGAAAGUGCAAGUUUGAAUUUAUCGAAUCUGUUUAAAAAGUUUGAAGGAAACUCGUCUAUUAGUAGCGUGGAUGCUGGUAGUGGCGAUAAGUUGUGCGAUGGUGGUGAUAAGUUGUGCGACCGGAAUAACGAGACUGCUCCGGUUAGUUGGGGUAGCAAUCGAGAUUGGAAUGUGGAUUUGAUCCCUAAGUUUAUUAUGGCUGAUGGUAAGUUGGUUAAAAUCUUGAUCAAGACCCGGGUGAAGGAUUACCUUGAAUUUCAAGUUAUUGAUGGUUGUUAUGUGUAUCAGCAUCAGAAGGGUGGGUGGUUAUCGAGCGAGAAGUUUAUUCACAAGGUACCGGCGACGGAGUCGGAGGCAUUUGGUAGUGCGUUGAUACCGAUGGCGGAGAAAUUACGAGGUAAACAGUUUUUUUCGUUCAUCUCAACCUGGAAUAAGGAUGAUGAGAAGUCGUGGCAGGGACUACACCCGACCAAGUGCACGAUGAGCGACGUUUACAAGCAUUUCGGUGUUUCUGAGACGACCAAGGAAUUUGUGGGGCAUUCUAUUGCGUUGCAUACCUCAGACGAUUAUUUAUUGAAGCCAAUGCAGGAUACUAUGAGUAAGAUUAAGCUGUACCUGUCAUCCCUCUUCCGGUACGGCUAUUCUCCGUUUAUCUAUCCCAUGUAUGGGCUCGGCACUCUUCCCGAAGGUUUCAGUAGACUUUCGGCGGUGUAUGGAGGCAUAUACAUGCUUAAUACGGAACUUGAGAAAAUUCUUCUAGGGCCAGAAGGACAAGUCAUUGGUGCUAUCCUUAGUCUCAAUCAGCAUCAAGAGAGUACCAGUCAGGGUGGUAACGCCAGUCAGGGUGGUAACGUCAAACAAGGUGAGCGAUUUAUGGUUAAGUGUAAGAAGAUCAUAUGCGACCCAAGUUAUUGUCUUGCUAUCAGGCCGGAGAAUGUUAUCGUAAUUGACAACGACCACACCAAUAUCACACUAGAAGAAAUCGAUAAAAUGACCCCUAGCCCUAUUGCCAAUAAGUUCGCUAUGAACAUAAGGAAUAAAGUUGUUUGCAAGGAUAAGAUCAUCAGGGUUAUUAACAUACUUAAUCAACCAAUACCUAAUACAAACAACAAGAAAUCCUGUCAAAUUAUUUUGCCACAAAAACAGCUUCUACGAGGAACUGAUAUAUAUAUCGCUAUGAUAUCUGCCACACACGGGAUCUGCAAGCAAGGCAAGUAUAUUGCUCUAGUUAGCGCAAAUAUUGAGACUAACAAUCCAACGAAAGAACUGGAACCCGCUUUCAAGAUCUUGGGAUCUAUCGAAAAACAAUUUACCAACAUCAGUAACCGCUAUGUUGCCACCGAUGAUGGCUCCAACGACCAUAUCUAUGUUACUGACAGCUAUGACGCAACUAGCCACUUUGAAACCGCUACCGAAAAUGUCCUUAAAAUUUGGAAAAAUAUGAUGGGAGAAGAGCUUGAUCUCACUAUCGUGCCUUCGGAACAGCAGGAGGAUUAA